ACAGGAGGACCUGUCUCACAUCUCAGGACCCCUGGCACCAGCCACAGGAGGACCUGUCUCACAUCUCAGGACCCCUGGCACCAGCCACAGGAGGACCUGUCUCACAUCUCAGGACCCCUGGCACCAGCCACAGGAGGACCUGUCUCACAUCUCAGGACCCCUGGCACCAGCCACAGGAGGACCUGUCUCACAUCUCAGGACCCCUGGCACCAGCCACAGGAGGACCCGUCUCUCAUAUUAGGAGGGAUCUAAUGGAAGCUUGGAACCGUAGGACGAUGAGCCACCACGUUUAGCGAAACAAACCAGAGCAGAGAGGCACAGAGACACAUUCUGAGGAAGUCAGAGAGGAGGAGGAGGGGAACGGAGAGAAGAGAGGGAAGAUGCCGUUCGGGGGGUUUGCCGGUCUGAAGGAGAGGGUGUUUAAUCCGGGGAAAGAGGAGGUGAAGAACACCGUGGGAGACUCUUUGGGACACCUACAGAGGAAAAUCGAUGGCACCAAUGUGGAUGAGGAGGACCAGAUGGAGCUGACAGAGGACGGGCGUCCGGUGGUGGCCCCGCCCCGGGCCCCGCCCCUCCUGGACUGUGGCUGCUUUGGCCUGCCCAAGCGCUACAUCAUCGCCAUGCUCAGCGGCCUCGGGUUCUGCAUCUCCUUCGGCAUCCGCUGCAACCUGGGCGUGGCCAUCGUGGAGAUGGUCAACAACAACACUGUCUACAUCAAUGGGACCCCUGUUCUCCAGCCAGCUCAGUUUAACUGGGACCCAGAGACGGUGGGGCUGAUCCACGGCUCCUUCUUCUGGGGCUACAUCGUCACUCAGAUCCCUGGAGGCUUCAUCUCCAACAAGCUGGCAGCCAACAGGGUGUUUGGUUUGGCCAUCUUCCUGACGUCCAUGCUGAACAUGCUCAUCCCCUCAGCAGCCAGGACCCACUAUGGCUGUGUCCUGUUUGUCCGUAUCCUGCAGGGCCUGGUUGAGGGGGUAACCUACCCAGCAUGCCAUGGGAUGUGGGCCAAAUGGGCCCCCCCCAUGGAGCGAAGUCGCCUGGCCACGACCUCCUUCUGCGGCUCCUAUGCCGGGGCGGUGAUCGCCAUGCCUCUGGCAGGGGUGCUGGUCCAAUACGUAGGGUGGCCUUCUGUUUUCUAUAUCUAUGGUGUGUUUGGGUUCAUCUGGUAUAUCUUCUGGCUGCUGCUGGCAUAUGGAAGCCCUGCGGAGCACCCUACCAUCAGUGACGAGGAGAAGAUUUACAUCGAGACCACCAUCGGCGAGGGGGUGAAGCUACUGAGUGCUACUGAGAAGUUUAAGACUCCCUGGCGGCGAUUCUUCACCUCUAUGCCCGUUUACGCCAUCAUUGUGGCUAACUUCUGCCGCAGCUGGACCUUCUACCUGCUCCUCAUCAGCCAGCCCGCCUACUUCGAAGAGGUCUUUGGUUUCCCCAUCAGCAAGGUGGGUCUACUGUCUGCGGUGCCCCACAUGGUCAUGACCAUCAUUGUGCCAAUCGGGGGCCAGCUGGCAGACUUCCUCCGCAGCAACAAAAUCAUGUCCACAACCAACGUGCGAAAAAUCAUGAACUGCGGAGGGUUUGGGAUGGAGGCCACUCUGCUGCUGGUGGUAGGCUUCUCCCACACGAGAGGCGUGGCCAUCUCCUUCCUGGUCCUGGCUGUGGGCUUCAGUGGGUUCGCCAUUUCCGGCUUCAACGUAAACCAUUUGGACAUCGCCCCUCGCUACGCCAGCAUCCUCAUGGGAAUCUCCAACGGGGUUGGAACCCUGUCUGGGAUGGUGUGUCCUCUGAUUGUCGGGGCCCUGACUAAAAACAAGACUCGUCUGGAGUGGCAACAUGUGUUCAUCAUCGCAUCAAUGGUGCACUACACCGGAGUGAUCUUCUACGCCAUCUUCGCAUCGGGGGAGAAGCAGGACUGGGCAGACCCGGAGGACACCAGUGAGGACAAGGCCGGCAUCCUGGAGGAUGACGAGCUGGCUGAGGAGUCGGAGCUCAACAGCAGCACCUCCCUGGUAAACCAGAAGAGCUAUGGCACCUCGGAAACCAUCGUUGGCCGCAAGAAGGGCUGGAAGAAGAAUCGAGGCGUGACCAUGCAGGAGGACGAGGACGGGAACCCACACUGCGGUAAUGGGAACUUCCAGGAGCAGUACCAGUGAUACCCCUCUGGGGUUCAGAACUUUCCCUCCCCUGACCCCACAAACCUGGGGUCAAACGCCUGUGGGACUGUAUGAGGUAAAAAAUCACGAAUCUGUCGGUGAUGAAAAACUGGCUUUUUGUUGCUGUUUAAUCCAUGAUACUCAUUUGACGGUUUUACCUCAUACUUAAACUAUAGUUUGUAUUUGUAUUUUGACUCCAAAUUCUGUUGUCAGACCCGUGAAAACAUAGUUUGACGUACCUAUGAUGGUUGUACAUAGUUUUGUUGGAAGAUUUUGUGUCAGCUAUGCAAGUAAAGAGUGUGUUUCUGUGGAAUGUGAGUGAUCCUGUGGUAUUAGCGUUCAGCUUGGGAGAAGAUCAACCACCGUGUUAGAUUUACCAGCUUGCGCUGUUUUCUUUUGCUCGUACUAUUUGGGGUACCCCCUCCCACCCCCUGAUGCAGUGUUGUCAGACUUGUAAACUUUAUUCAUAUCGCCGUAGACAGACCCAUGGCAACAGCGGACUGUGCUCCUUGUAUAGGUGGAUCCCUCUAACUGACCAUACAAAACGUACGUUGUAUCUCUCACCAUCGUGUUUUGUUUCUUUAUGAAUAAGGAGUUGAACCCAGACACUUCUUAAAGAACUGCAAUCCACUACUCAGAUUAAUGCGUUUUCACAACAACAAAAAGUAUGAAUUAUGAAUUAUAAAAAGUUUAAUCAUCAGAACAUACAUUAUUAUUGAAAUAUGAAAGUGAAUAUGAAAUUUUUCUUUGUACAUAUUUUUUCUGUUUGCUUUUUCAUUUGAUAUAUGCACUUUAAUAUUUAGAGAUUUGCCAGCUUUUAACAUUGAUAUGGUUGAUCCUGUAUUGGGUUCACAGUUUUAUGAAUCUACCAUCCAAAAGUCUGAAAUUAUAAUUGAUCAUUGCUGACCAUUUAGUCAUGUGACCAUUUAGUCACGUGACCAUUUAGUCAUGUGAAAACAGCUGUUCUUCAUCUCAACUUCAGAAGUAGUUGAUGAUUCCAAAAACUUGGAUAACAUUA